AUGCAUGCGUGUGUGCGUCCUCUCCUCCACGCCACCGCUCCGGCCGUGCGUGCCUCGAUCGCUGCCACCGCUUCUGCGGAUGCAGUCGUUGCCCUGAGCGACUGGACGAGCGGCCGAGGUGCGGCCGGCCUCGUAGCAUUUGCAUGCGUGCACACGGCGGCCGUGGUCGGCUGCUUUCCAGCGACGAUUCUCUUCGAGCUAGCGGCCGGCUUGCUAUUCGGCGUCUAUCAAGGCGCCGCGGUCGCUUGGUCGGCUAAAGUGCUGGCUGCGACGAUCACCUACCUCGUGUCGAGCGGCAUCGCUCGCGCGGCUCUCUCCGCUGCCGGCGUGGAGGAGGCGGCAGCUCGUGCCUACGCGGCGCAACCAUCGCUCGCAAACCUCGCGCAGAGCGUGGAGCGCGAUGGUGCUCGAUUCACGCUGCUGGCACGCCUCUCGCCCAUCCCCUCCUGGCUCAACAAUUAUGGCCUCGCCUUGGCCGGCGUGAGCCUCGACGACUACUUUCCGGCGACGGCGCUCGCCACCCUCCCAGCGGUCCUCACCCACGUCUACGCCGGCAGCCUGUUCUCGUCGGCACUCGAAAUCGUCGAGGGCGACGGCGCGGCGUCCUUCCCGUCCUUUGCGAGCCUGGUGCUCGGGGCGGCUGGAGCGUUGGGCGGCGGUUUGCUGCUCCGAGAGCUGACACUGCCGCACAUCGCGAUGCCUGCUCUCAUCGGCCAGCUGACACUGCCGCACAUCGCGAGUGAGCAUACGGCACCACGCCACUCCCUCCCUAGGCUCAACACGGCCAUCGUCGGCGGCGGCGCGAGCGGCCUGCUCCUCGCUCACCGACUGCUGGACGCGGGCGCAUCCGUCACGCUGCUUGAGGCGCGCGGCGACCCGCGCGACGGCAGGGUGCGUGAGGGGCGCGCCUAUGCGCUCGGGCUCGGUCUGCGGGGGCGCGCGGCCAUUCGCGCGGUCGAUGAGGCGCUGUGGCAAGCGGUCAAGGCGGAGGGGUUUGGCAGCGACCGCUUCACGCUGCACGCGCCCUUCUUUGGCGCCGUCGACUUGCGCAAGCCGACGCCGGGGCAGGAGCCGUCCGCCCUAGAUGCUCAACUCUACCCACAUCUCCCCGCAUCUCCCCACAUUUCGGGGCAGGAGCCGUCCGUCCUCAUCUACCAGUCGGACCUGUGCUCCGCCUUGCUGACCGCACUGGAGGCGCGCCACCGCGCCUCCGGCCGGCUCGACAUGCAGUUCCGCGCGCGCGUCGAGAAAGUCGACCCGGAGAGCGGCGAACUGGCCUGGAGACGUCGACCCGGAGAGAGCGAACUGCACGUCGACCCGGAGAGCGGCCAGCUCGCGUACUGGCCCGGCGGCGACGAGGACGGCGGUGGUGGCGGCGGCAAGGACGGACGUGGUGACGGAGGCGAGGACGGCGGUGGCGGCGGAGGCGAGGACGGCGGCGGCGGCGGCGGCGGCGGCGCCACGACGACGGGAUCGUUCGACCUGAUCGCGGGCUGCGACGGCGUGCAGUCCGCCGUGCGCGCCUCUUUCGCCGAGCGGUGCCCGUCCUUCAACGCAGAGCGGGCGACUCUCGGCGGCAGCCUCAAGGUGCUGCGCCUCGAGAGGAUGCCCGCGCGGCUGGCGCCCGACGCCGUGCACCUCGUCCCGGGCGCGGGCGGCCUCGCGGCCUUCUUGGAGCCGACCGCGCGCGGCGAGGCGUGCGCCCUCCUCAGCUGGCGCGGCGACACCCUCACCACGACUCUCCCCGACGGCAGCAAGGGCAGUUGGCAGCCAGCGAGCGCGACCGACGCGGACGCGGCGCGGCGCGCUUUGGCGAGCGCGUUGCCGCUCCUCGCGGACGCGCUCAACACGACGGCCAUCGGCGAGCAGUUUGUCGCGCAGCGCGUCUCCAAGGCGGCAACGGUCAGGUGCAACUCGUACAGCUUGGGUCGCGCGGCGCUGCUUGGCGAUGCGGCGCACUCGACGGGCGGCGCGUCCGGCCAAGGCUGCAACUCGGCGCUGCAGGACGCGAUCUCGCUCAGCGAUGUGCUGAGCCGCUUCGACGGCGACGUGGCCGCCGCACUGCCCGCCUACUCACGGGAGCGCGUCCCCGAAGGCACCGCGCUCCUCGACCUCUCGACGGGGCCCGGCGCCGACGCGCCGCCCACGCGGAAGUUGCUCUACGCCGCAUCGAGCGCGCUCGACUUUCUCCUCUCGCCGCUUGGGCUGCGCGACCCUCCCCUGCAGACCCUCCUCACGACGUCGCUCACGCCGUUCGCCGAGAUUCGGCGCAGGCGAGAGGCGGCGUUCGGCCCGUUUCCCUCCUCCGCCGAGUUUGCGGCGCAGAUCGAGGAGGUCGCAUGCGGUCGCGUGCGAUAG